UGAUCGUAUUCGCCAUCAAGUGACAUCCAUAUUUAAUGCAUCCAUUUCCAUAUCAGAUCCUCCCAGCUAUCCAGCAAGUUUACCACUUUCAAGUCCUUCAGUGCUUCUCUGUGGCUUUGACAUGUCUAACACAUCCUCUGAUGUUAUUCCUCAAUGGGGAACAUAUAUGCGAGAAAUAUACUUGAAUGGAAAGGGACCUGAGCCUCUUGGAACUGUCGUUUUCGAGGAGAUUGAGAAGAAGGCCAUCGAAAAGCUUAAAGACCUUCCGGGAGCGUUCCUUUAUUCCGGAGGAAGUGCGGGAACUUGGUCAACCUAUACUGGAAACACUAUCGCGUUGAACAAGUUUCGAAUCAUUCCGCGCAUGCUUGUUCCUUGUAAUAAUCGGGACCUUAGGGUCACCUUGUUCGGUGUAACUUACCCCAGUCCUCUGAUACUUGGACCUGUGGGAGUUCAAGGGACCUUCACUGCCGAAGGCGAAUAUGCACCUGCUAAAGCUGCCGCCAAGCUUGGUGUACCCUUUGUUAUGAGUUCAGCAUCGACUCGGAGUAUCGAGCAAGUUGCUCAGGCUAGCGGCAAUGGUCCACGUUGGUAUCAGCUUUAUUGGCCGAGACACGAAGAAGUAACGUUUUCUCUGUUGAAGAGAGCAAAGGAAAAUGGCUUUACUGGGCUUGUCGUGACCCUCGAUACGAUGUCUUUGGGAUGGAGACCGCACGAUCUGGAAAGAUCGUACCUACCAUUCGGUCACGGAGUGGGGACCCAGGUAGGAAGUUCUGAUCCUGUUUUCAUGGCUAGACUUGGGAAGAAGCCUAUCGCCGAUGAGAUACCGGAAUUCCCUUACGAUGCUGUGACCAAACAAAAGCUCCUUGUUGACGGGGACCCAACAGCAAAAGAUGCCGCCCAGUUGGGAUAUGCUUGGCUCGCAGAGGCCAAUUUUGGAUUUUAUCGCUCGUGGGAGGACGUCAAACCUCUCAGAGAUAAUUGGGAGGGGCCGCUGAUCCUGAAGGGAAUACAGCAUGUAGAAGACGCUGAGAAAGCUAUUGAUAUCGGAGUAGAUGGUAUUGUUGUAUCGAAUCACGGUGGUAGACAGCUCGAUGGCGCGAUUCCUUCGAUCUAUGCUUUAGAGAGCAUCAUGAAAUCCGAAAAGGUCAGAGCAGCCCAGAAAUCAGGAAAAUUUACUAUCAUGUUUGAUUCUGGAAUUCGAACCGGGAGUGAUAUCAUCAAAGCUAUGGCUCUCGGCGCCCAAGCCGUGCUUCUCGGCAGACCUUGGGUGUACGGCGCAGCUAUAGCCGGACAAGAAGGGGUGGAACAGGUUAUCAAAAUUAUUCUUGCUGAUUUAGAUAUCUCGCUCGCUCAAGCUGGAUUGAAAGGCGUCGCUGACGUUCUGGGCAGAGCGGACCAAAUCUUGACCAAAGUAGAUUUUUAGAAAGGGGAAAAGGAUCAUCACUAUGAAAGACGAACGAUGUAUGAUCGGGAAGAACUUAGUUUUGUAUAGUAUGUAUCUCUUGUUGUGUAUAAAUUCUGAAGCUUUUGCGGAAUCUCUUUCGAAAUUAUGAAUAUGAUUUUCCUCGAUCGAGAUCUACGUAGGGCAAAGCUGUUAUAAUCAAUCCUGACGGAGCUAUCAAAUGAUAUCGAGAGCUAUUCCGACGACGGAUGGAUAAAACAGGGAAAAGAAGUUCAGAAAAUUUAGAGAGCAGGAACAGGGGUGAGCUGCGGUGAAUGUUGGUGAGCGCUGAGGCC